GACGUCACAGCAGUCUGAAAGAAGAUACAAUAACAAUCAGCGGUGAUCGCAGAGAUACAUUGUAGCGCUGAUCUGGAGGGAUCCCAGGGAAGAAGGGAUCGACUAGGAGGGGAUCCAGCACCGCAGCCAUGGUGUCACCGGUUACUGUGGUCAAGUGUGAAGGCCCGAAGCUGGUCCCAUUCUUCAAGGCCACUUGCGUCUACUUUGUCCUGUGGUUGCCGACCUCCAGCCCGUCCUGGUUCAGUGCCCUCAUCAAGUGUCUGCCCAUAUUCUGCCUGUGGGUUUUCCUUCUGGCCCACGGGGUGAACUUCCUCGUCAGCCAUGGCAGUGCCAAGAGGAUCUUUGCAGGACUAAUCUUCUCGGCAGUGGGCGAUGCCUUCCUGAUUUGGCAGGAACAGGGUUACUUUGUUCAUGGUUUGCUGAUGUUUGCCAUCACGCACAUCCUGUAUUCUUCUGCAUUUGGGAUGAAACCAUUGGACCUCCGGACCGGUGCCGUGAUGGCCUUUAUAUCCAGCAUUUUAUACUCUUUCUUGUACUCUUAUCUCUCAGGUCCAUUCACCUACUUGGUGGCUGUCUACACCGCUCUCAUUGCCUUCAUGGGCUGGCGCGCCGUUGCCGGGGUGCAGCUGUGCAAUGACCUAUGGACAUGGACCAAACUGUCAGCAUGCAUCGGUGCUGUGCUCUUCAUAGUGUCUGACCUGACUAUCGCGGUCAACAAAUUCUGCUUCCCCGUCCCAUGCUCCAGAACCAUCAUAAUGGCCACCUAUUACACGGCCCAGAUGUUGAUCUCCUUGUCAGCCGUGGAGUGCAGGGACGAAGAUGAUUAUAGGAAGAAGAAGUGAAUCCUUGACUAGUUUGGAAACUUGGGAACAUUUCUCCUGGAGAGAUAUUCAUCUCCAGUGCAUUGAUCGUGAUUUUGCUUCUUUGAAGCAGUGACGUCUGCUUCGCCGGUGCCCUUUAAAUAUGGUUUUAUGGUCAGUGUGGCUGCAAUGACAGAUGCCAGCAAUGGUCAUCGAGAAGGUCCCCGCUCUUCCUUUGCAUUGCUUGAGGCUGGGUCUAUGUGAAGCUUCUCAACACUAUGUCCUGUAUUUCAUGCACAUCCUAUAACUUAUGUAUUCCAGAGGGCUCUGUUCGGCAUCAUGGUCCACAUCCAGGACACCCUCUCAAUGUGCAGGACUUAACCGCUGUAUAUCUAUAGUCCUCAGGCAACGGCAUGGACUGAACUUCUGAGACAUCCUGGAUAAGUAUUGAUCAGAGCCCUACGGUCAGUCCUAGCCUGGGACUUCUCUGUAAUAUGACCACUACAUACAACAAUCUGGUGCUGCUUUUGACCAGUUCAGGAGGCUGUGAGAUGUAGCUCAUACUGUAUGCCGAUGAGUCUGACUCUCUUGUAUGGGGGUUGUCCUACAACGUUCAUUAGAAGAUGCAGAUUUGACCUGGAAGUGGUGAUGAAGUAACUACAGUGUACAUGAAUAUUUUAUAUAUGGCUCCUCAGGGGCGGUGCCAGCUAGAGAGGUUGCUCAGUCCAGAAACCAUGCAAUGGUGAUGUCCCUCGCACUCUGCUGAUACUUUAAUGGCAGCAAUUUGGCCCUGACUUUCUAGCAUGUCUUGAUUCUGCCUCCCAAAAUCUAUGAAGACAAUGGGUGGGGUAUUAGGCAGUGCAGGUGUAGAAGAGCACAACCUGAGAGUCUCAUACACUCUCCUGCACCUGGGAUGACGCCUCCUGGAUGAGACUUCUACCAACCCCAUCACUCCCUUUAAAAGCAAUUUCAGUCAAAGAAAAUUUGCCUGUCUUCAGGUCUAUAUUUUUGGCAUAAGAGGACAUAAUUCCAGCUGGAUUCUUGUCCGUAGGGGGCGGGUUAUGGUACUAGCACUGGUUUCGUAAUGACGUUAAGGUUGUCAGGACAGUGACUCCCACACUACUCUCGUCACCGUAUGGAUCAGUCAGCAGGGGGCGACAAUGGACACACGAAAAAGAGCUCUACCCGUAGUAUUGAGAAUGUGACUCUGAGUUCCCUCGUUAAGCUGGGGAGACCGUGUACAAUAAAAUGACGGUAUUUAUAGAA